UAUUAUGGUUAGAACAGGAAAUAGCUCUCCAAACCGUGCAAAUAUUUGUCGUGAUGCAGCAGCAGAUUGACUCUUAUAACAUACCAACAGUAAAAGCAAGCCGUCCUAGAUUUGUAACAGAAGCAGAACCUGUUUCUUUGCUUCCUGCUGUUGUUCCAAUUGAGAAUAAAUUAGAAAUCCCUAUUAAUGCAGCAGCUCAAAAAAAAAUAGCUGAAGAAAUUGAAUUAAUUGAAAAAAGAAUCGUGGAAUUGAGGCAAAUCUGUGAAAUUACAA